AUGGAACCUCUUCGACCUCGAAGCACUCGCUCGCUCUCCCUUCCUGAUUCAAUCGCUGCCAACCGCCCUCGCGCCUCGUCUAGUAUGGGCAUAUAUACCAUGCAGUACCCUGGCACAGCUAUACACCCCUUCUACGUCAUAGCCCAUCCGAGAACGUACGAAAUAGCAUCGGCACUGGUCGACCCCGCUCACGCUGCCAGCUCUCCCGGCACACUGUCGAAUGUCUCGACGUGCUCAGACGCCACUCUGUCUGUGUACACGCCUUCCCCUUCCCCAUACGCGGCCACGUCCUCGGUGGGCAGCGACAAUGGCGCGAGCGACAAAGAAUUUACGUGCUCUCUGUUUCCAAGAGAUCGACCCUCGGCCACCACAACUCGCAAGAACCGCAGUGUCCCUUACCAUCCCUCUCGCCCGUCAUCAUCCAGUCUCAUCUCCGUGUCCUCGCCAUCGACUUCUCAGACGCGCAGAUCCAAGGCACGGCGCUCGCCCAUUCGCGUCCGCAGACGCAACGUCCAAAUUGGACUCGGCGCCGCCAUACCAGAACCACGGGCUACGCAUGUGCCUAAAUUGGUCCAGUGCACGGUCGAAGGGUGCGGGAAGGUGCUGACGAAAGGCGCGAUGAGGAGGCACAAGAAGACCCACAGAAAGCAGGAGAAGUGGAGGUGCUGUGGAAUCCCGGUCGAGAUGGCGUUCGGGUUGAGCUCAGAUCGACGGAUGACCGGUGGUUGCGCGAAGGUGUUCAGUCGGAAGGACGCGUUGGAGCGCCAUCUGAAGAACCCAAAUAAUCCUUGUAUUGGUGAUGUGGAACGCGCGGAGCUGCUGGGAUGGUUUGAGGACGCGAGCAAGGAGUGA